AAAUUUCUCAGUUAAACUUACGGGGAGCUGCCAGCUCUUGUUUCUUUAACUCAUUACUAGCCGCUGGUCAUCCUCAUAGUGCUAGUGAUGGACGGGAACCUUGCAGUGACAUAUUCUCUGAUCUAUGCGUUUCUGAAAAAGCAGUCCCAGACAAAGGCAGCUGAUGCUGUGAAGAAAGCUGCAAGGAGCGUAAUCGUCCUAAAGGACGAUUUCAAACUAGAAGGUCCCCACUUGGAUGAGAUAGUAAAGCGGUGGAAAGAGUCACAGGCUGCUGACAAUUCUUCUGAAUCUGACUGUAUGUAUUCCAUGUCGCUAUUUUUAAAAGCUUUAUUACUAUGGAUGAUAGCUUCAGAUGAUUCCUCCGAUGACUCAUCGACAAGUUCCAGUUCUGAUUCCAGUUCCAGUUCAUCUGAGUCAACGUAUGUUCCCGAGAUGUGUGAUUUAUCUUGCUCACCCGAAACUGAGUCAGUCUAAAGUUCAGGCUCGGAUGAAACAGAUUCAUCAUCAAGUGAAAGUGAAAGUGAUGACAAAAAAUCAAUUCAAGCCUGUAAAGAGGCCCCU